AUGAGGGGGGGAUAUGUGGGGGGGGGGGUGUGGGUGGGUGGUAUGGGUUGGGGUUGGGGUAUGGGGGUUGGGGGUGGGGGUAUGUUGGGAUUUGGAGGGGAGGAGGGUGGGGAGGGUAAGGGGGGGGGGAUGGAUGAUAGGGGUUUGUGUGGGGGGGGGGUUGGGUUAAGGGGGAAGUUAUGGUGGUUUGAGGGGGGGGGGGAGGGGGGUAUGGUGGUGGGGAUGGUUAUUGGGGAGGGGGGGGGGGGAUAUGGGGGUGUGGUUAAGGUUAAAAAAGGGUUUGGGAAAGUUUGGGGAAGAGUUGAGUGGGGGGUGGUGGAAAAUGGGGGAGGGGGGGGGGAAUAUGGGGGGGGGAAGGGUGUGGGAAAGAGUUGGGGGGGGGUUGGAAAGGGUGGGGUGAUGGGGGGGGGGGGUGUUGGGGGGGGUGGUAGAGUUGAGGGAUUGGGGGAUUUGAAUGGGUUUGGAGGGGGAGGGGGGGAAGGGGGAUGUAUUUGUUGGUGGGGUGAGAAUGGGAGUUGGAUAGAGGAUAGGGGUUGGGGGGGUGGGGGGGGGGGGGGGGGGUUGGGGGUUUGGGUUGGGGGGGUGAGGGGGGGGGGUGGGGUUGGGGGGUGGGGGGGGGGGGUUUGA